AACUUGAUUUAACGUUGAGGUCUUGAAUAUGUAUCGAGAUGUGGUUGGAAUAUCACUGGAGGAUUUUGACAGGGGGCUACAAGGCUUUUUUUUUAUUUGAGUACAUACAUUGAAGUCAGCCUAGUUAAAAGCCAACCAGUGUUCCUCAAUUAAUUGAGUCAUAAUGUUGGAUUUACACCUUCUAGUUUGCGUGGAAAUUCAAUUGACAAGACAAGAAAGAGGGAGAGGAAGAGAAUGGCUGAGAGACGCCAAAUAGUUGCGCGCAAAAGACGAACAGUUCGCCACCAGGCCGCUACUAAGAAACGAGAGAUGAAAACACGUAAUGAGUGCGAGAUAUGCCAGCGAAUACUUUCCCUCUUGACGAUGCCUCUUGAUUUAAGAGGAGAUAUCCGUCAUCAUCUCAACCUUGAGCUUCCCAAACUGUUUGAAGACACGCGUUGUGAAAAUCACUUGAAUUUAAUCGCCAGAUCUCUAAGUAUCGACUCUAGUUUUUCUCAGCUUAGCGGUAUUCAGAUCCUAGGAUUUAGAGGUCUUGACCACAUCAAGAUCUUUGCUCAAAAGGGCCGGGACUUUUACUUCCUAGAGUCUGGGGAGCUGCGGUUACUCCCUACGCCUCGUUGCCCAUCGACAUGGUGGGGUAGGGUUGUCAAUUCGAAAUGGAUCGAUUAUCAUCUUCCUCGGAGGUGGAAGGAGGCGUGUGAUAAGACUCAUAAAUGCUCUGCUAUUGGGAACUUCGGCCAUAUGUCUUCACAGCGCCCUUCAUGGGUUGUUGAUACAUGGCUACAAUGUCUCGUCCCAUGUUCAUCGUCAACUACAUAUGUGGCUUUGAGUUAUGUAUGGGGUGGGGUACCUUCUUUCAUGACCUUGAGGGAGAAUGUGGAUCAGUUACGGAAGCCUUCUUCACUAGCUGAAGGCAAUACGAGUGUUCAGAUACCGAAGACGGUACGGCAUGCGAUGUCCUUCGUUCAAAGGCUAGGAGAAAGGUAUCUAUGGGUAGACACGCUCUGUGUUAUCCAGGACGAUGAACAGAAACUUGUCGAGAUUGCUAAGAUGGCUGCUAUAUAUGCUAAUGCGACAGUAACCAUUGUCGCCUUGGGUGGGGUGGAUGCAGAUAGCGGUCUAUGCGGCCUACAGGGAAUAUCUGAUCCAAGAUCAUUGAAGCAAGUAGUCCACCCAUUAAUCCGAGGUACUAAGGUCAUUGAGACCCACGGACAGAAAAUCAAUGAGAAACCAGCUAUCUGGAACACACGGGGAUGGACUUUCCAGGAGGCUCUUUUCUCAAAGAAAAGAAUCAACUUUGAUAACGACUCGAUCCGUUGGGAGUGUCAGGAGGAAGUCACAAAGGAGUUUGGGAAUGGCGGUGGUGCUAGCCCCAGAAUCUUUGCCAAAGCUGUACCCGAUGUAAUGCAGCUGAGUACAAUCAUCAUGACAUACAACACCAAAGACUUGACAUUUCCAGAAGAUGCCCUGUUUGCGUUUUCUGGGAUUGCUUCCGCGCUUAGUAGCACGUAUUAUGGCGGAUUCGUCUCGGGUCUUCCGGUGCUACUAUUUCAUAUCGGUCUUCUAUGGAAACCAACCUCAAUCUUGAGUCGCAGGACGCCCAAACGUCCUGGUGAGAGAACCUGCCUUCCGUCUUGGAGCUGGGCAGGCUGGAAAGGCAGCAUAUGGUGCUGGACAGAGCUGGCGAUCGAUUUUGCUAAAAAGUGCUCUGCGAGAGGAUCUGGAAUUGCUUUAGAGAGGGUAUAUCCACUCGUUGAAUGGAGUUGGUUGGAGAAACGGGAUGGUGAGAGAACUACUAUACAGGAUUGCUGGUACGAAUAUAAGAACAAGUUCUCGAACAAGCUGGAUGAGCCUUGUCCGACAGGUUGGACCCGGCAUCGCAUAGCAGACCCAUUAUCUGUCGCUGCUUGGCAACGUGCAAUCCAGCCGGAGCCGCAAGCAGUACCCUUGUGUUUCUACACUCACGACUCCGAGCCAGAAUCAGAGUUCUGGUAUCCUCUCCCGACGAAGAAGAUGGGCCAGCGUAUUGAAGCACAGAUAUUCGCUCCCCUUAUAGCUUGCAAGACUAGGAGAAGCUGGCUACUGGCAGCUGAGGGGUUCGAAAUUCCUGGGUUGAAACGAGGGGGCAUGGUAUCUCUUCGAGACCAUGGAGGUAAUUGGGCCGGAGCACUACUGCUACAUGAACCUUUACUUAAAGAAGCAGAUCGGAAUGGACAUUAUCGGAUCAAGGUAGAACUGGUAGAAAUUGCAUCCGGUCGUGUUCGCAACGACUCGAGGGACAUCGAACCCCUUAAGCAGCCGUUGGAAGAGUGGGAUCUAGAUGAAAGGCCAAAAAGUGGUCUUUAUUACGAAUACUAUUAUGUGCUUUGGGUCGAAUGGAGAGAUGGUGUUGCAUAUAGGAAAGGUCUAGGACGUGUUGAGAAACGGGUAUGGGAGUUGCAGGACAGGGAGUGGGUUGACCUAGUGCUUGGCUAGCCUAGGUACCUAGUACCUAUGUGAUCUUGAUGGACCACUUCCCCAGAUAUUUCCUAACCCCCUGCCCGGGCAGAUAAUUGAAGCUAUAAUCAACCAACGAA